AUGUCAGGAGAAAAAGAAACCUCUUCAGCCACUGCGCUAGUUUCUAUUCGGUCUUCUACCGGACACUGCUGUCAAGCUCGUGCUCUUAUCGAUCAAGGAUCCGAGAUAUCCUUAAUUACGGAACGUUUAGCACAACGAUUACACUUACCUCGAAUCAGAUCAAAUAUUUCCUUAAUCGGUGUAGGUGGUAAGAAAUGUAAUACUUCAAGGGGAAUAGUACAUUUUCAAUUAAAGCCACAUUUCGAAUCGUCAUUCGAAUGCACCGUACCCGCUCAUGUUUUGCCACGAUUAACUACUUCAUUACCUUCCGCUUCUUCUAAGCAGGAAUCAUUGUUACAUUUUAAAGAUCUAAUGGUGGCGGAUCCUGAAUGGUUUCAAUCUCGUCAAAUUGAUCUCUUACUCGGGGCAGAAGUUUACUGUCAGAUUCUCCAAGAAGGAAUCAUUAAAGGUCCCAUCGGGUCUCCUAUGGCACAAUUGACCGAAUUAGGGUGGAUCAUUUCGGGUCCUACGCACCCCCGAGUGUCCACUGAUACUUCUUCCAGCUUUCAUAUAUCCAUUGACGAUAAUCUCUAUCGUCUAAUACAUAAGUUCUGGGAGAUAGACGAAGUCCCUUCAACUAACACCAUUCUUUCUGCUGACGAUCAAGCAUGUGAAGAUCAUUUUGUUUCGACUCACUCUCGUCAUAAGGAUGGGAGAUAUGUAGUUCGAUUACCCUUCAAAAGAUCAAUGACUCACCUCGGCAAUUCACGGCAAAGGGCCGCUCAAAUUAUGUUACGACUUUCUCGUAAACUUUCUGUAGAUUCUAGUUAUUCAAAACUUUAUACGGAGUUUCUAACCGAGUACGAGGAGCUGAAUCACAUGAGGUUAAUUUCUCCACAUUUACCGGAACCUCAGCAUGUUUAUUAUCUACCGCAUCACGGUGUGCAAAGAGAGCAAAGCCUCACCACUAAAUUGCGUGUUGUAUUUAAUGGAUCCAGCCCUUCGUCCUCGGGGUUUUCAUUAAACGAUUUAUUGCAUACUGGAGCGAAGCUUCAAAUCGAUUUAUUCGACGUUCUCCUUUGGUUCCGUAAAUUUCGCUAUGUAUUCUCCUCUGAUAUGGAAAAAAUGUACCGUCAAAUAGAGGUUCAUCCCCACGAUUGGGACUUUCAGAGAAUCCUUUGGUGUGAUCAAUCACUCAAUUUAAGAGCCUAUCAACUCACUACUGUUACCUAUGGCCUAGCAUGCGCCCCCUUUCUCGCGUUACGUACCAUCCAGCAAUUGUUACUCGAUGAAGGUUCCAAGUAUCCUUUGGCGGCUUCGAGCCUGCAAAAAGGACGUUAUGUUGACGAUCUAUUUGGCGGAGCAGAUAGUAUAGAGCAAGCACAAGAAGUCGUCUCUCAAUUAGCACAAUUGUGCAUGGCGGGCGGCUUUAAACUUAAGAAAUGGUCUUCUAACCAAGCCGAAAUACUCUCUUCAAUCCCCAAGGAAGAACAGAUCUCAUGUUUAACCGUAGGUUUCGACAAUGAAGCCAUUAUUCAGACUCUUGGGUUGCAAUGGUUACCAUCUAGCGAUCUGUUUCAAUUCACUUUUAAUUAUGACAUUAACUUUGACGUCACCAAACGCAAGGUUCUAUCGGCUAUUGCGAAACUUUUCGAUCCGUUAGGCUUUCUGUCACCCAUUAUUGUAACAGCAAAAAUCUUUAUACAAGAACUUUGGUCGAUAAAAAUCAGCUGGGAUGACCCCUUGCCGUCCCAUCUUGUAGAUCAGUGGCAUAAGUUUUUAGAUGCUCUUCGUGAGAUACCUACCAUUACCAUCCCUAGGUGGAUCGGAAUUUCCAGUCAGAGCGUAGUCGAAGUUCAUGGGUUCUCAGACGCUUCCCAAAAGGCCAUGGCUGCCGUUGUUUAUCUUCGAGUCAUUGAUUCGACAGGAGUUACCUCUGUCUAUUUUGGUGCCUCCAAGACCAAGGUUGCCCCGUUAAAGCGUAUGACGAUUCCAAAGCUGGAACUGUCUGGCGCUGUCUUACUCACUAAGUUAGUUUCCCACAUUUUGUCUGUUAUUCAGUUAGCAAACGUACCUGUUAUUCUUUGGACUGAUUCCGCAAUUACUCAUGUUUGGCUCAAUAAUCAUCCAUCAAAGUGGAAAGAAUUUGUUCGGAAUCGGGUCAGUUUCAUUCAAGAAACUUUGCCUCAAGCGGAAUGGAAAUUUGUACCCGGCCAUCAUAAUCCUUCAGAUAUCGCCACACGAGGUGUUACUCCCUCUCAGCUUUCCAACCACACAGAAUGGUGGCACGGGCCUCCAUGGUUAUCUCAAGAUAAAUCGUCUUGGCCACAACCUGUUACGCCACAAUGCCCUGCGGACAACUUUGAAGAACAGCCUUCAAUUGUCCACGUAGUUACCGCUAAUCCAAAGACGGAAUGGAGUCUUAUCUCUCGAUACUCUAGUUUAAAUAAGCUCUACCGUAUUACUGCCCUAUGUCAGAGAGCUGUGAGUAGAUUCCGCCGUGUUCCUUUGACCUCUCUCCCUACGUCUUUAACGACCGUUGAACUGAAUAAGGCAAAAUUGUUUUGGGUGCAAGUCACGCAACAAUUAUUCUUCCCUGAAGAAAUUAACUAUCUGACUAAGGGAUUACCGAUCUCUCGAUCAAGUCCCCUCAUUCGCCUGACACCAUUUCUAGACGCAUCAGGUUUACUCCGAGUAGGAGGUCGUUUACAAAACUCUCUCCUAAGCGAGGAUGAAAAACACCCUUUGAUUUUACCUCGUAAAUCAACUUUGACAAUGCUUAUUAUAGCUGACGUGCAUCAGCGAGCAUUACACGGAGGUACUCAAGUUACCUUAGCUACUAUCCGUACUGAGUACUGGAUAGUUGUGAUUGUGGCACCACUCUCAAAGGAGCAGAUUCAGAAUUACAACGGCUUUUUUCGCAAGCUCAAAAAAUCAUCCAAAUUGGCUAAUCUGUUAGCCAACAAUGGUACUCAAUGGCAUUUCAAUCCCCCUUCCGCACCUCAUUUUGGAGGCAAGUGGGAAGCAGGGGUUAAAUCCAUGAAACACCAUCUCAUACGGGUAGUCGGCACUGCCACGUUUACUUACGAAGAGAUGAGCACUCUCUUAGCUCAAAUCGAAGCUGUAAUGAACUCACGGCCACUGUGUCCAUUGAGUGAGGACCCUGACGAUCUUAGCGUUCUAACCCCCGGACAUUUCCUUAUGGGCUGUGCCCCAUUGACUGUCCCAGAACCGUCUCUCGAGUUAGUUAAGACCUCUAGGCUGUCACGGUGGCAGCUUAUUCAAAAAACUUUUGAGUCAUUCUGGACCAGAUGGUCUCAAGAGUGCUUACAGAGGUAUUAUUCUUGCUAUAAAUGGAAUCGAGUCAUGCCAUCACUCCAAGUUGGAACCAUAGUUCUAGUCAUUGAUGAACGCUAUCCACCGGCUAAGUGGCCCUUGGGGCGAAUCCUUGCUACCCAUCCUGGGCAGGAUGGCCAUACCAGAGUAGUUACUGUUAAAACUCAAACGUCAGUCUUGAAACGGCCAGUAGUCAAACUGUGCCCAUUGCCUGUUAUGCACGACUCCCCGCAGAUUGUUCAUUAA